AUGACCAAGAGAGCUGCAGUCGACCCUCUGCAGAGUGCAUCUCCGCCGAAAAAGCUGAGCAGGUCGUCAAAGCCAGCUUCUAUGUUGUCACUUACAGGCCCACGCAAGCCAUCGAAGCAGCGUUCAAUCCAACGUCGCAAGAGCAAAUAUGAGAUAUCCUCCGACGAAGAUCUGGAGGAGCACGGACUAGAUCAAGCCAACUCUGUUCUGACACCACCUCGUAGUUCUUCUGCUGAAGAAAUUUUUGCAAACAACGAGGCUCAAUCUUCCUCUGCUCGCGACGAGAUUGAGCAGGCUGCUUCCACGACUGAGCAACAAACGUCGGAUUCAGGUGAGGACAAGGCGAUCGAGCAACAAGCCCAGACGGAGCGUCUUGCAAUUCAAGAGCACUCUCGUCAUGCUCCCAUCUCUCCUACCGACGAGUCCUUCACAGAUCAGGGACAGCGAGAUACCUCGAAUACUGCUUCAACCUCCACUCCUACUACACGACAGAAACUCACCUCGACUGAGAUACCAUUUACCAAACUCAAGGGGAUACCGACUACAGACAUCAAUGUCCACGGCGAAGAUGAUGAAGAGGAAGAAUACUUCAUGGCCGAGAGCAACCUGCAAACUGACAAUGCCACUACCGAUCCGACAGCGGAGGUCACCAGUGUCGACAUGACUGUGGAAGACCCUCCUCAAUUCUCAAGUACCCUAACUACAGAGGCCGUGAUUGAGGAAGUUGUGAACGAGGACGCAAUAGGAGAAGACGACCUGAAAAAGAAACUCGAUAAUACAGUAAUACCUCAAGGAGCAGCUCAAGAAAAACCAGCAGCAGCCUCUAAAAUUGGAAAUUCAGUGUCACACACGACAUCUACCCUUGAAGGUUGGCAACUUGAUGGGUCGUCAGAUGAGGCUAGGUCAUCAGCGGCAAGCGACUCUACUGCAAGCACAGACAAUCCAAUUUCAACUGUCAACGAGGAUUACAAUCAAGAGAAACAACAAGAAACCACGCACGUAGCCAGCGAUGAGCGCGAAUCUUUAACUAUCACCAUCGACAACCCCUCGGAUCAGCACAAUCCCUCGUCACUACAAGACGAUGCCUCCGAAACGGCCACCAUCACAGCCAAGUCCGACCACUCCACUACUCAGCGACGAACUUCAACACGCACUGCUCGUCGUGCACGCUCGCCUUUGAGCACACGUACUCAGAGCAAGGCACCUUCUCGACGGAAGACUUCGUCGGCCAAACCGAUACCCGAGGCCGAAAUCCCUUACUCCGUUAAACCCACAUCCAAGAGCUAUGAGGUAACCACAGACGUUUCUAGACAGAAAACUCAGGCUUGGGGAGAUUUACCUUCUGCUUCAGUUGAUAUUGCACACAAAGCAGGAGACUUGGUUCGCGUCGAAUUCUCAAAUAGCGACAAAGGAUAUGCUAGAUUAUGUGAGGCUAGACAAGGUCCGCAAUGCUAUCUCUUGAUGCAGUGGCUGUACACUCGAGCAGACGCCAUGCAGGUGUUGGAGCAGAAAAAGCUGCUAAAAGUUAAGAAGAAGCUGAUGAAGACUUGGCCCUCCGACGAGUUGCGAGUGUCUGAUCACUACCAGCUAGUUUUGUUGGACAACCUGGCGGCACAGGUGGACGUGACGGGUUUGAAUGUGGGCAGAACCAUACUCCGAUUUAGCCGCAUGGCAGCGAACUGA